CAGUGUGGCCAGCACGGUGAAGCACGCCUUGUCCAUCUGGCUCAGCAUUAUUGUCUUCGGGAACAAGAUCACCAGCCUCUCGGCCAUCGGGACGGUGCUGGUGACCAUCGGAGUGAUACUGUAUAACCAAGCCAAGCAGCACCAGCAGGAGACCUUCCAGAAUCUGGUGGGAGCAGCCUCAACCCCCCAGCUGUCUCCGGCAAUCAACAAGGACUCUGAGCCCCUCCUCUCCAAAGACACCCAUCCAUUCGAAUGAGACCACUGUCCCGCCUCUCGGCCUUAAUUUUGCUCGGCGGGAAGUUUGGAAGAAUGACUCUUUCCCCCCCACCCCUCUUGAAGCCCUUGAUUAUCCCCCAACCCCAAGACCCGUCCCACUCAUAACCAGAGAUAAGAAAAAAAAUGGGUGCAGAGACCAGGUGAGACGCCCUCCAAGCAUCGGAUAGAAGAGUUCUUCCUCAGACUUUUGCGCUCUGCCGUCCGUUGUAUUCAAAAGUGUCUCGAAAGGCGCUUUUCGGUCCCUCGUCCACCAGAGUGCCAGACCGAGGUGAAAUCCAGCAAAGUUUGCCGUUGUCAAAGCUUGCACAAAAGGAAAAGCAGAAAUCCAGCAGGAUCCAUGCAUCGGCUGCCGUCCUCCACUACAGGGGCCCAAACUCCCAAGUCUGGAAAAUAAUCCGUUCCCGAAGCCUCAAAAUCCGGCAGAUGUCAUUGCUGGGACCAGCAGGAUCUCCCAACCACCAGCGUGGGUGCAUGUCAAACGUGCAGCCGGUCUUCCGUCCCGGGGUAUCCUUUGCUAGGUCUGUGUUCCAGACGUCACUUUCUGGAUGAAAACCCUCCUGAACAUGUUCUGCCGGGAAGUCAUCAGCAAUUUUUACCCACAGUAGCCUCUCUCGCCCCCUUGCCGACCAAGCUAAAAUUUCUGCUUCCCCACCCUCUCAAGGACGGACCAAGUUGGCUUCUUUGUGGGGAAGAGCUGAGAUAAAGAGUUUUAAUUUUGUUUCCAUCCCAUUCGAGGGCUUGCAAUAAACCCAGCUAACCUUUGAAAUCUGGAUGCCCUGCUAAAUAGCAAUCAAGAAAUGAUUUGGGGGGGAAAGGCACGCUAGAAAUUCUUUUAUUCCUAGCUUCUCCUGAAUUUUAAGACUGGACACCUUUGGGAUUGUAAAAAACCAGGAGAAAAUUGUGUGUUGUGUAUUGUCCUGGAUCAUGUGGUGUGUGAUGCCUCUUAGCAAUCAAAUUAGCCAAAAAGGCUGCUCAGAGAAGGAAAUGAGAUUUUUUACGGAGCCAGAGUUUUAAAACUCAAUGCAUUCGGGAUUUUAGAAAUGAGAAAAUUGUGCAGUGUGUAUUGUCCUGGAUUGUGUGAUGCCUCUUAGCAAUCAAAUGACC